GCCUCGAGACCCUCCGCAGGGUCAGCGCUUCCGGACGCCGGGUCCUGCCUGGCCGUGUGUCAGCGACGAGAUGGCCCGGGGGACCUGUCCCCACCGACCGCAGCCGGGCUCCCAGGGAGGAAGCUGCAUGCGAGGCUGGUGGGGGGCGGGACCCGAGCUCAGCCUGGGCCUGAGGAGCUGGGAGCAGGGUCAGGGUCCAGAGGGUGGGGCUGUCCCAUGAACCGGACUGGCCUUGUCCCAAGGCAGGCCCAGCCCCCACAGGCCCCUCCGGCACGAGGCGCCCGGUCGGCCCUCCGCCGUCACGCCGCCCCUCCUGCGAGGAGCUGCCCCCACCAUGGGCGUGUCCUGCAGGAAGGGGGUCCUCGCAGCCCUGCUGGGGGCCGCAGCCUUCUCAGGCCUCGCCACCCUCGUCCUGCUGGUGCAGGCCCCCGGGGUCCUCCUGCCCGCGGACGCCAAGGUGGGUUGCGGCGGGUACUCCUUCUCUGGAGAGUGGACCCGUCCUCCGGCACGGGAGCUGGUGGGCGCGCUGGACCUGGGCGGGGCCUCCACCCAGAUCACCUUCGUGCCCGAAGGCCCCAUCCUGGACGAGAGCGCCCGGGCCUCCUUCCGCCUCUACGGCUCCAGCUACAGCGUGUAUACCCACAGCUACCUGUGCUUUGGCAGCGACCAGAUGCUGAACCGGCUCCUGGUGGGGCUGCUGCCGGAAAGCGAGGAGCCCGUGGUAGAGCACCCCUGCUACCACAGGGGCUACGUGGGCUCCAAGCCCCUGAGAGCCCUGCUGGAGUCCCCCUGUGUGCGCUGGGCCGGCGCUCCCGACCUCAGCCGGAACCUGACCGUGCGGGGCCUGGGGGACCCGCAGGCCUGUGCCGCCGCCAUCCGACGGCUCUUCGACUUCUCCAGCUGUGAGGGCCGGGAGGACUGUGCCUUCGACGGCGUGUACCAGCCCCCCGUGCGGGGCCCCUUCUAUGCCUUCUCUGGCUUCUACUACACCUUCGACUUCCUGAACCUCACCUCCGGGCAGUCGCUGGACACGGCCAACCGCACGGUCUGGACCUUCUGCCAGAAGACCUGGGCGCAGGUGCAGGCCGAGGCGCCGGUGCAGGACAGGUUCCUGCCCAAGUACUGUGCCACCGGCAUGUACAUCCUCACGCUGCUGCGGGACGGCUACGGCUUCCGCCAGGACACCUGGGCGGGGAUCCAGUUCCGCAAGCAGGUCAGCGGCACCGACGUGGGCUGGACGCUCGGGUACAUGCUGAACCUGACCAACAUGAUACCCCCGGAGGCACCUGCCCAGUGGCGGGCACAGAGCUUCAGCGUCUGGACGGCCAGCGUCGUCCUUGUUGUGCUGACCCUCGUGGCUGUGCUCGGGACUGCUGCUGUCCAGCUCUUCAAGCCCCAGGGCUGACAGGGCCCUGCCUGGACGCUGGAGCCUUCCUGAGCCUCAGGCCCCUGGGAGUUGUGGGGACUGGUGCUAGAGGCCUGGCCCACCACGCCCCUGUGCCCUGUCCACUGCACAGGUGCGGGGGUGGGCCUGCGUCUGGCCAGCUGUGUCCAUUAAAGCUCUGA